AUGGCCGCCGUCACUAAGCCCUUGAUUCUGAUCACCGGUGCAAACCAGGGCCUGGGAUUCGCGACAGCACAACAGCUUGCUAGCACUGGCCAAUAUAAUCUUCUUAUUGCCGCCCGCUCCCAGGAAAAAGCUGAAGGCGCAGUCAAGCAACUAGAGUCUAGCACUAAUAGCUCUUUGACGCCUAUUAUUAUCGAUCUUGACCAAGACAAAUCUAUCACUGCGGCAGCCAAGUUCGUCGAAGAGCGUUUCGGAUCGCUGGAUGUCCUCAUCAACAACGCUGGUAUCAAUAGAUCGUCCGACCCAAAUGCUACUCUACGCGAGAGCUACCGAGCUGUAUUUGAAACAAAUGUUUUCGGUGUGGCAGUGAUGACAGCAACUUUCCUACCACUCCUACGCGCAUCGAAGUACCAUGACCGACGUAUUGUCAAUGUGACAAGCGGCCUUGGUCAAAUUGGCAUCGCGUACUCGCCAACUUCAGAGUAUAGUGCUAAGAUAUGGGAACUACCCGUCUACCGCAGUAGCAAGUCUGCGAUCAAUAUGAUUAGUGCUGUUGAUGCUGUUAGUCUCGAGAAAGAGAACAUUCUCGUUAUUCUAGCUGCCCCAGGCUUCUGUCGUACCAACUUUGGAGGUGGUCAGGGCGUCAAAUCAGCAGAGGAGGGGGCUCGGCCUAUUGUACGGGCUGCUACAGAGGAGAGUGAAACCACGGCUUACCAAUGGAUUGAGGGCUAUGAUAUCGGCCCACGAUUCCUUGGCCAUUUGACGGAAGAUGGCCGCGUGAUCGGAUUCUUGAUGGAACGCAUCAAGGGUGCCAGGCAUGCUAGCCCCCAGGACCUUGAGUCCCAUCAGAAGGCAUUGCCUCGAUUACAUCGCCUAGGGAUCCACCAUGGAGAUACAACCCGAUUCAACUUUCUUAUACUCGGCACGGAAGUGUGGCGACCAAGAUGCACUUCUGAAAGAGCUCGAACAUUUACCGAAUUCCCUAGAGGAUUUAUCACGUCGAGGUGGGGGAGGGCUCCUUUGAAUAGUCCUUCGAAUGCAUGCCUCUAG